CAUGAGGGUCAAGUAGACCAGCAUUGUAUACCUUGUAUGUCCGAAAGAAAAGUGCAUCUACAAAAUACUCUAACCAUCAUAUUGAGCUCUUUGCUGCAUUUGGCAGACAUGGCGUUACCAAUCAGAUGGCUAAGAAUAGUCAUCUGAUUCCUGCUUUGUAGCAUUCUGAAGGAUUGACCUUCUUGGAAUGUAAUCCCAGUGGCGUCUCUUUUCUGUGUAGCCCACUCUGCCAUCAAACAGCCGAGUGACUCCGGGUUGAUCAGGGGCGCCUCAAGAAUUGCAGAUAUCACUUCACCUGGAAGAUUCACCCACUGCUACUCAGAGCAGUUUCUGAAAUACCAUGUCUAAGAACUCGGAGUUUAUCAAUCUGUCAUUUUUGUUAGAUCAUGAGAAGGAAAUGAUCCUGGGAGUCCUAAAGAGAGAUGAAUAUUUGAAAAAAGUCGAGGACAAGAGAAUAAGGAAGCUGAAAAAUGAACUCUUAGAAGCAAAACGUAGAAGUGGGAAGACUCAACAAGAAACCAGCAGAGUCUGUGUCUACUGUCAGAGAAACCUGGGCUUAAUAUUCGACCGAGGAGACCCGUGCCGGGCCUGCUCACUGAGAGUGUGCAGCGAAUGUCGGGUCUCGGGCCUUGACGGCAGCUGGCAAUGCACCAUCUGUGCCAAAGUCGCGCAGCUAAGGAUUGUAACCGGUGAAUGGUUUUUUGAAGAAAAGGCAAAGCGUUUCAAGCAAGUCAAUCUUCUGGGCACUGAUAUAGUCCGACAGUCCAUCUUAAGAAGAAGCCCAGGAACUGAAGAAAUACAAAGUCAAGAGCAACCCCACCAGGAUGCAGAAAAGGCAGACACUUCACCUUCUGCCAGGCAAAAGGCCAGUCAUGAUGGACCCAGGAAAAAGGGAUUUCUUCUUAGCAAGUUCAGAUCAGCAACCAGGGGAGAAAUCAUAACUCCAAAAACUGAAAGUGGGCGGAGCUACAGCUUGGACUUAGAUGGCCAAAACUUUCGGAGUUUAAAGUCCAUCCCUGGUUCAGACAGGGGAAGCACUGGUUCAUCAGACCUUUAUGACCAGGAAGCUGGCCCGGCAACUCGGAAGAGCAGCCGGAGCAGUGGAGUGACCCCCGUCACGCAGAGGUCACCGGCUCCAAGCACACGCAGCGUGAUCUCAGCCAGCAGUAGAAAGGAACAUGGUUUUGAAAAUUCCAUGGAUUUGGCUGCCCUUGAAAGCACAUCUGACGACCUCACAAAGAGUCGUCGCAGAAACACUUCUGGCACACCGUCCAUAGCAGUGUCUGAGGUCUCCCUCUCCUCAGACCGGAGUCGAUCUGAAUUAGAUUUGAGUGGGUCAUUUCCAGAAGAUUUAGAGAAUACUGUAAACAUAAGAAGCAAGUCUGUCCCUGGGGCUUUAGACAAAGACUUGGACUCCUUGGAAGACACUGGGGAAGGCAUUAAUGACUUAGUGUCCUCACGGUUUUCGGCAAACACCCACAGUCUAGCAAGUGGCUUGUCAACCAGUUCUCCGGCAGGCUCUGACAGGAAGUGGACCUACCUGAAUGUCCCUGAUGCUGACUCAGACACUACCAGCCUUAACAGCAUGAUGAGUGUUUACAGUGAAACAGGAGACUAUGGCAACGUGAAGGUCAGUGGUGAAAUCCUUCUUCACAUCAGCUACUGCUACAAAACUGGCGGGCUCUACAUUUUUGUCAAGAAUUGCAGAAAUCUGGCCAUAGGAGAUGAAAAGAAACAGAGGACGGAUGCUUAUGUCAAGUCGUACCUUCUUCCUGACAAGUCCAGAAACAAUAAACGCAAGACCAAGAUCAGAACAGGCACCAAUCCAGAAUUCAACGAGACAUUAAAGUACACCAUCAGCCAUACCCAGCUGGAAACAAGAACUCUGCAGCUCUCAGUCUGGCAUUAUGAUCGAUUUGGACGUAACAGCUUCCUUGGGGAGGUGGAGAUUCCUUUUGACUCAUGGAAUUUUGAAAAUCCAAGUGAUGAGUGGUUUGUGCUUCAGCCCAAGGUGGAAUUUGCUGCUGACAUAGGCCUUCACUAUAAAGGAGAGCUGACAGUUGUCUUACGUUACAUUCCCCCAGAGGAGAACCUGGUGCUUCCUCUAGAACAAGUUCAAGGAAAGAAGAGCUUCAAAAGGGGAAAGAAGAAGGAGUCACCUGUAAUAUUUGGAGGAAUACUGGAAGUGUUCAUCAAAGAGGCAAAGAAUUUGACCGCAGUGAAGUCGGGAGGCACUUGCGAUAGCUUUGUGAAGGGCUACCUGCUCCCUGAUGAUAGCAAAGCCACCAAGCACAAAACUCUGGUAAUAAAAAAGAGUGUUAACCCUCAGUGGAACCAUACUUUCAUGUUCAGUGGCCUGCAUCCCCAGGACAUAAGGAAUGUUUGCCUCGAACUUACUGUCUGGGACAAGGAGGCCUUUUCCAGCAACAUCUUUCUGGGAGGAGUUCGUUUGAAUUCUGGAACUGGUAUGAGCCACGGGAAGAACGUGGAUUGGAUGGACUCUCAGGGGGAAGAGCAACGCCUUUGGCAGAAGAUGGCCGACAAUCCCGGGACUCCCGUAGAGGGUGUACUCAUGCUCCGUUCCAGCAUGGGGAAGUGUAGACUGUGAAGGUAUGCAGAAGUCCAUCAGAAACCUGCGAUGUUGUUCUCAGAGAGAAAAGGUAAAUUGAUAUUCAUGUCAUUCUUUUUACUAAGUAUUGUGUAGAAGUACAAAUAUCUUUAAAUCUAGAUUACAUAUGUGAAUGGCACACAAUUCAAAUCGUUCAAAAUUGUGAAAAGUCCGUCUGCCUUCCUCCUCUUCCAUAGCAGAAAUGAUUGAUGGUCUCAUUCUUUCUUAUGCAUAUAGGGUAUUACAUUAUAGGGAUAUAGCAAAUUUAUUUAACCAUUCCUAUCAAAUGCCAUGUUAAAUAUGGUUAACUAAGCUAUCUAUGUUUGGUGGCUUUUCUGAACAACCUUUUCUUUCAAACAUCAACACUUCGAAAUUCAAAAUGAGAUUUUUGGGUAUUUCCAAUUUGGGGUAUUUGUCCUACAGAGAUAGAUACAGAUGUGAGAAAUGAGUACAUACAAAAGUAUUUAUUGCAAAAGAUAGAAAACAACCCAGUAGCCCCUAAGUACAGGCCUUCUGCAAUAUCAUAUAUGCCUAGUUUUUCUGUGUCGUUAGUUGCUCCCUCUCCUUCUCUGUUAAAGGUUGUUAAAUGAUAAGCAUCGGAUUCUUCAGUGCUUGUUGUUUCUUAUCACUUCAUACACCAUCUCUGGCAUUAUCAUGUAUGCUGCCCUCGUAGUUUUAUAUGCUUAUAACUUCAAACUCACAUCUCCAACCCAGACCCUUCCUCUCAGCCUUAGACUCAGACCCACCUACCUAUAUGACCUAUCCACCAGCAUAGCUCAUGUUUUCAACAUAGUCAAAAUGGAACCCUUUAUUCCACCUUCCCCUUGUACCCAAUUCUUCCUAUUCUAGUAUAUCCUGUCUCAGUGCCUUGUACUGUCAUCUACCCAGUUGAGCCAGUUCAGCUGGACAGUUCAGCCCAGUCUAUCUCAGCACAGAUAAAAGCACAGAGAGUGCUCUCCAGCCCAGCUCUCCAUAUCGCCUUCUCAGAAGAUACCAUGACCUUGCUGGAGUGUCCUUGUCAGGACAUCUCAGCCCUCAGCAUUCCCUCACUUGAAUCAUACAAGUUGUAAAGGGACAUGGGCAAGCUUUAAAGCCUGACUUUAUCCAUUCAGGUUGUCAACAGUACUUUCAGGACAUCUGGAAGAUAAUGUAUCAACUCUCAUUUCACUUACAUUGUCACUAUAACUGGAAUCAUCAUGUUGUAGAUCUUCCAGGACACAAAAAUGCCAAACACAAAGAUAUUUUGAUGGAACUUCAUAAUCCUAGUCUCCUUUUCCUUAAUAAACCCACACAAAUAUAUGACCAUUGAUCUUUAAGUGUUUAAGUAACUAAUGGAUGACCCGCCUGAUUCACAAUAAUAUCAGUCUCAUCAUCACCUGCUACCCUAAGGUUUAUAUUUGAUGGAGGAGGAGAAAGUCAUGGAAGAAACAAGGGCAAAUCCUACUUUUAGAAGCAAAGUAGAUCGAAAUAUUGAAUCAUCCCGGAAGUACCUCAGAGUAAAAGCCUAUGGCAUUUGGGACUGUGAUCAAUGUUUAUUUUUUUGUUCCAUAUAGAUAUUUCACAUUAAACAGAGCAUUGCCUUUAGAAGUUGGCAGAAGGGCUCUCCUCCUAUAAUGGUGUCAUUUAUGGCCUCUGAAAUUAAAACAAACAGGAGGAGGAAAUCUACACAGGUAACACUAUAACAAAAAUUGGAUCUAGCAAAGUUUGAACAAUAGCCAUGGAAAUUGAGCCACAUCGAGGAUUCCAAAGGAUUAUCUGAAUCAUCCGGAGUAUGAAUUUAAUACACUGAUUCCAGAGCAUUGCUCCAAACCUACUGAACAAAAUCCUCAGAAAUUCCCAUCAUUCUAAUCAAGAUUCUUGGGUGAUUCUGAUACAAAUGGAUCACAGUUUGAGAAACACUGCAUAAGAAGAUAAAAUAACUCAACUGUAAUAACUGGACUCACUCUAUGUCAUGAUGGCAGGUUAGAUUUGACUAACUUGGACACUGUUCAUUGCAAGGCAAUCAUGGUGAAAUGGAAGGAGCCUAACCUCAGACUCAGAUGAUAUUAGCUCAAGUCUUGACUGCUUACCAACUAUGUGACCUCGGUCAAGUUAAGUAUCCAAUCUAGGCCUUGAUCUUUUUGCCUGUAAAAUAGGAAUAAUCAGGAUAACUUGGAGUUACUGAAGAUAUGAAAGAAAGUAAUAUAUGUAAAUAUGCUUUGUAAAUUUUAACCACUGGGGUGGGGGAGGCCAUUGGUGAGCUAGAUACAGCACUCUUUUGUUCAUAAUCUCUUGGGCCCUUCUUUUCCUGAAUGCUUGGCUGGAACUUAAUCAUUCUAUGUACAAUUAAGUGGUCUCCAGUGUAUAGAAAUACAAAAAAAAGGGAGGAGGAGGAGGAGGAGGAGGAGAAGAAAAGAAAGAAAGAAAGAAAGAAAGAAAGAAAGAAAGAAAGAAAGAAAGAAAGAAAAAAUCAAUCUUAUUUGUGCUAUAUUACCCAUUGUGGGUAAUAGUAAUUUAUUUUUAGGCUGGAAUUUCCUACUUCAUCUGACUAGAUAAUAAAUAUUUCAAAAUGUGUUUUAUUUGAUGGGGAGAAAAACUGUGGUCAGUUUUUUUGUUAACAGGUUGUGGAAUCUACAAGCAAACCAUGUUGCCAUGCCUUUCCUUAACACCCUCUUUUGGUGUAAAGACCAUCUCUUUCUGUGGCCCAUUGCUUAUCCUUCAUGCUAGAGAGAUCAAACCUGCCUUCCUCACAGGGUUGUUCAGAAUUGUGCUUUUUAUUUACAGAAGGAAAUUUACCGUUCUGUUGAAACAAAUUCCAUAGAAAUACAAACUACUCUUGGCAUUAUGAGGAAUGCACAGUGUUUCAAAAAUCAGCAUUUGUACCUCAUUUGCCUCCCUAGAACUCAUCAAACUAUUCUGGCAGGGGGUUCCUUCCAUAUUUGGAAAAGGGAAGUGGAAUAUGUAGUUAGUAUUGCCUGUACAUGACAAAACACUCAUAUGGGGUAGUAGAUCAUAUUUUUAUCUUUAGUAUCUCAGCACAAAGGGAGACUUAACUCUGCUUUUCUUUUUCUUUGGUUGAGGCAGAGAUUAACACAGCAAGAAAGUAAAAUAUUUUAGUAUAAUUUAAAGCAAAAGUUUAAGUCAUUGGCAUUUGUGAGGGAAAAAAAAGGCUCCUUAGAGAAGAGCAGAGAACUAGAUACGUGUUUGACUCUAAAUAUUUUCGUUUCACCUCUUUAUUGUUAGAUCUGCUUACUUUGGGAAAGAGUCUGAUUGCUCCUUCCAUGCAUUUUUUUUCUGCUUCGCCCAAGGUUAAUUUUGUCUUCAGAAAGUUGACACUCGUUUGUGCAAAUCCAUGAGAAUUGAUGAGUCCAAACAAUAAAGCUUUUAAAAUCUUUCUCACUUGGAAACAAAGAAGGGAACCAUUCUGUUACAAGACAGUUUAUGUUCAUCAUUUAUGGUUAAACUAUAGUUAGAGCAAUUGCAGGUUGGGAAUAUAUUUUCUAUCCUUUCCUCAUAUUCAUUAUUCAUAAAUGGACAUUUUUGAAGAGAGAUCAUUGGCUUUCAGUUGAUAUGAAGAAAUAGAUGUCUAGAAUUUCCUGAAUCUUUUUGCUUUUGACCUUCAUCACCCUCACUUAAUUUGUCCUCCUUAAUUCCUAAAUAUCUUCCUACAUUGUCCCUCUGACUAAUGGGAUUUAUACAAGAACCUUGGGAACUCCUCAUGAUCCCACAUGGAUUAAUGGAAAUAUUAUUGUUAAUUUUCAGCUUUUUCCUUUUACCUCAAAACCCAGCCCUGUUAGAAUCAUAUGCUUGCAAAGCAUCUGAAUGCACAAAACCAGUUUACGGGGUUGGGUAGGGGCUGUCCUGGCUACUUCCCGGGGUGCCAAGUUAUAAGGGCCACUAAACAUCCCUGAAAAGGUAAUGAGGUAGAGAACUUCUCUAAGGAAGAGUAUGGUAUUAGGAGGAUGAAAUAAUGUCUAUUUCAAUAAAUAAGUGAAGAAGGGACCCCAUGCCUGAAGAGCGAUUCAUGGUUGAUAAAUUCUAAGAAAGACAGGUCUAUUUAGAGGCAAAGCGUUUGUUUUGUUGAAUAAGGUUUACAGUUUGGGCUAGACAUGAAUUGCCAAGGACAUAGGGAAAGGGGGGGUGCCUCCAUUGAGGGUUUCCUUUGUACCCCUUCCACCAGGCAGGUGUUCCUCAAAUGUUACACAAAUAUUUACAGAACCUCUGAGAGGCGCACCAUAUCAUCAGUGCAAGAAUUGGCCCGACUGAAUGUACUUGGUCUCCAUUCCUAGAUUGAGUGUGGUUGUCACAAGCAGUCCAUUUGUUUUUUGUUUUUUUUUUUUUUCUGGGCCUGAAGAUGAGUCUAAGAGUUUAGUGGGCUGGAGAAGGAAGACAAACUCUCAAUAUCCUAAGAACAGCUAAUGAUCAUUGGCUCACUGGGACAUUAGGAGAGGGGCUCUCCUUGGGAAGAAAUAAGAGGGGUAAUUUUCCAAACUGCCAAAGGCUGGGUAGCCUACCUGUGGGUGUGUUCAUUUCUGCUUUGUCUCUGCCACCCACCUGCUUUGGCUGCCAAUUUAUUCUCCUAAACUCCUGCUCAGAUAGGAAUCUGACUUCUUUGUUUGCUUUUAAAUCCAUAGAUUUUAUUUCUCAUAGCAGUAUUAGGUUUACAGAAAAAUUGAGCAGAAAGUACAGAGAGUUCCCAUAUACAACUACACCGUCCCCAACAAGUUUUUCCUAUAAUGAACAUCUUGGUGUAGUACAUUUAUUGCAGUUGAUGAAUCAAUACUGGUACAUCAUUAUUAACUCAAGUCCGUAGUUUAUAUUAGGGUUCAUUCUUGGUGUUUUACAGUUUUGUGGGUUUUGACAAAUGCAUAAUAUCCUGCAUCCACGAUUACAUCAUCAUGCAGAAUAAUUUCAGUGCCAUAAAAAUCUCCUGUGCUCUAACCUGUGGCAACCACUGAUCUUUUUACUGUCUACUUUACUGUAGUGUCUUUCCUUUGCCUUCUCUUAGAAUGUCAUUAGUUGAAAUCAUAUGGUAUGGACUUUCUGACUUGCUUGUUUCACUUAUCGAUGCACAUUUUAGGUUUCUCCAUGUCUUUUUGUGGUUUGAUAGUUCAUUUGUUUGUAUUUUUUUUAAUUUCAUUAAGAACACUUAACAUGAGAUUUUACUGUCUUAACACAUUUUUAAGUAUAUGAUACAGUAUCUUUGUUUUUAAAUAAAGAGAAAAGGAUGGAAAACUCUAGGAAACAGUAACAUUUUUAAAUCCCCUGGAGAUGAUGGGAAGUCUGCAUUUAUUUUGCUAGUUUUCUUGGUUUUCUUCAACUGUUCCUAUUUACUUGUCUUGCCAUGUUUAGUGCAAAAUUAGCAGCAAUACUUAAAUGUUUAACAUGCCUACUUCUAAGCUUCUGUAUGGAAUAUGUACCCCAAACCAAAGCUUUGUGCCACCCUGUACUUGCUGCAAACUUUAAUGUCUUUUUCAUUAAAUUCACUUUCCUAAUA